ACUCCGCUCCCGCCGCCAGCUCGCACCACACCGGGCCAGCACCAGCGGGCAGCGAUGCUUCGGCUUCCUGUCCCCUCCCCCGUGUCCCCAGCCCAGUGUCACCACCCCCGUGUCCCCAGCCUGUGCACCCCCGGCUCUGCCGUCGCAUGGAGGACGAGGACGGCUACCUGGUCUUAGAGCGAUGGUGCAAGCGGGGGUCUGCGGGGAGGUGCCCACCCCGGCAGGACGCAGCAGCAGGAUCUGGCUUUCAAGGAUCCCAGAGGGUCCCCGCAGCAUCCCCCCGCUGUCCCUGCCGCCUCCUCGAGGCCCUGACGGCCACCCUGGCGCUGUCCCUCGUGCUCUGCAUCUCCUGGUGGGCGGCACAGCGGUGGCAGCCCAAGGGGACUGCAGGUUACGGGAACGCCACGCUGGGAACUGCCUAUUCGGGCUGGGACGGCAUCGUCAGGGAGCUGCGGAGGAUCCUGUGUCCGCCCCGAGAGAGAGAUGGAUGCCGGCUGUGCGCCGUGGGCUGGAGGCUGAUCGGGAACAAGUGCUACUGGAUUUCCGACGGCAUGAACCCUUGGAGCAAGAGCCGGGAGGACUGCGGGAAUCGGGGGUCCAUGCUGCUGGUGCCGUGGGACCAGGAUGAGCUGGAAUUCCUAAAUGAAAGCCUGCAGAAACCCACACGGCACUUCUGGAUCGGCCUCUCGGUGCCUGUGGCCGGGACGGGCUGGAUGUGGGAGAACGGCUCCGACCUCGACCAGGAGCACUUCCAGCUGGACCUCGGGAAGCGAGGACCUGGAGCCUGUGGAACGCUCAAGGGGAGUGGGAUCGUCUCUCAGGACUGCAACACAAGGCUGCAGUGGAUCUGCAAGAGAGAAUCUGCCGAGAUCUGAGCCUGCAUUGCACGCCAAAACCAGCGUUAUUAAUGCAGGGAAAAUCCCAAUUUCCGCGGUUCCGGCAGCUCCCGCGGGGAUGGGCAGAGUCGCAACCGGUGAAAUCGAUCUAAAAAACCGAAUAAAACCUAAAACUAA